CUCUUCUUCCUGGAAACUCAUUCCUCAUCUUCACCAUUCUCUCUCUCUCUCUCUCUCUCUUUCAAGAAGAAGAAGAAGAAGAAGAAGAAGAAGAAGAAGAAGAAGAGGAAGAAUAAGAAGAAAAAUUGCAAUGUUUCCACCACUUGUGUAUGUGAUAGUGAUAUUGAUCAUAGCCUUACUAAACUGGCUCUACAGCUGGAGAAAUCCAAGGUGCAAUGGAGUACUCCCACCUGGUUCCAUGGGCUGGCCUCUUCUUGGAGAAUCCUUCAGCUUCUUUUCCCAAAACACUAGUUUUGGCAUUCCUCCUUUUGUCAAGGACAGGAUGCAAAGAUAUGGACCUGUGUUCAAGACUAGCUUGGUGGGAAGGCCGGUGAUAGUCUCGACGGAUGCAGAUCUCAACUACCUGGUUUUCCAGCAAGAGGGGCAGCUGUUCCAGAGCUGGUAUCCAGACACAUUCACAGAGAUAUUUGGGAGGCAGAAUGUUGGCUCAUUGCAUGGAUUCAUGUACAAGUACCUCAAGAACAUGGUGCUCAAGCUCUUCGGCCCCGAGAGCUUGAAGAAGAUGCUUCUGGAUGUCGAGCAGGCCGCCAACGUGAGCUUGAAGAGAUGGUCUAUGGAGGGUGUUGUUGAUGUCAAGGAAGCAACUGCAAAGAUGAUCUUUGACCUCACAGCAAAGAAGCUGAUCAGCUAUGAUUCCGAAUCGUCUUCUGAGAAUCUGAGGGAAAGCUUUGUAGCUUUCAUACAAGGCUUGAUCUCAUUUCCACUUGACAUUCCUGGAACAGCCUAUCACAAAUGCUUAAAGGGGAGGAAGCAGGCGAUGAGGUUGCUGAAGAACAUGCUGCAGGAGAGGCGGGAGAGGCCAAGGAAAGUGCAAGGCGAUUUCUUCGACUAUGUGUUGGAGGAGCUGCAGAGGGAGGACACCGUGCUGACAGAGGCCAUUGCAUUGGAUUUGAUGUUUGUGUUGCUUUUCGCUAGCUUUGAGACCACUUCUUUGGCUCUCACUCUUGCUACGAAGCUUCUCUCAGAUCAUCCUUUGGUUUUGAAGCAACUGAGGGAAGAGCACGACGCGAUUAUUAAACAGAAGGGGGAUGCAGAUUCUGGGCUAACAUGGAGUGACUACAAGUCUAUGAAAUUCACAUUUCAGGUGAUCAAUGAAACAGUGAGGCUUGCAAAUAUAGUGCCUGGGAUUUUCAGGAAGACAUUGAGAGAGACCAAAUUUAAAGGGUAUACUAUUCCAGCCGGGUGGGCCGUGAUGGUUUGCCCACCGGCUGUGCACUUGGACCCGAGCAAGUACAAGGACCCCCUUGACUUCAAUCCAUGGCGGUGGGAGGGAAUUGACACGAAUGGGGCCUCGAAAAACUUCAUGGCGUUUGGAGGGGGAAUGAGGUUCUGUGUGGGAACGGACUUCACGAAGGUGCAAAUGGCCGUGUUUCUACAUUGCCUUGUCACCAAAUACAAAUGGGAUCCGAUCAAAGGAGGAAAUAUUCUACGAACUCCCGGAUUGCAGUUUCCAGAUGGAUUUCACAUUCAAGUUUCUGAAAGAGAUUGAACAAAUGUGGAAGGGGUUAAUUUCAUCUUCUCCUCCAAAUGUGAGGAAAUUUUGAUCCGGAAAAGUGUGAAAGGCUCUUUAUACUUUUGUCAGGAAAUGGAAUGUUAGAGAAAUAGGAAAAGAAAAGGUUGUUGGACUUAGAUAUAUAUAGGAUAUAUUAUCUCAGAGUAUGUAUUAGAUGUUCAUAUUUGUGGAGUAUUAUAUAAGUCUUUGUCGUAUAUUAUUUUUAAUCACCUGGUCCACAUUUUUACCAUGUAUUUGCAAUGGAGUAAUAUGUUACCGUUUUUGGUACUUUUGGUCAAUUUUAUAUAAUUUUCUAAGUAAUAAAAAUA